AUGAAGAUUUUCUCCCUUGCAACUUCAUUGGCAAUACUUUCAACUGUGAAUGCUUUUCCCACACUCGACCUUUGGAGUAAAUUCAUUGCACCUUCACCAAACGAUGACUCAAUCUUUAUCAACAAUUUAGCGGAUCCUCAAAAUGAACCAGCACCUGCGCCAAAACCGGCUGAAGAAAUGGUUUACAUUGAAGAUUUCGAGUCAUUCGACAAUUUGGAUAUCAUCGACGAAACAGCUUACAAGAAACUACCCGAGAUUGACACCGAACAGUUGCAAUCCUUGGUCACGAAAGAUGCCUUGAGAUCAAGAGCCGAGACUCUAUUCUCGUUAGCCGAAAAGUCAACUGGCAAGUAUGGUCACCCGACUAGAGUCAUUGGCUCUCCCGGACACUUUGCUACUGUCCAUUACAUUCUUCGCGAGUUGCGAAAAUUGGGUGGCUAUUACAACAUCAAGAGCCAGAGCUUCAAGGCGUUGGACGGCCGCGUCAACUCGUACUCGUUGUUGAUCGACGGAGUCCAGCCAAAGACGUUGGAUGCGUUGCAGUUGACUCCGCCAACCCCCAACAAGGCCCCAGUCCAUGGCAAUUUGGUGUUGGUGUUGAACUCGGGCUGCUCCUUGCAUGACUACCCUCUGUUUGCCAAGGAUAAUAUCGUCUUGGUCAAGCGUGGUGAGUGUGCUUUUGGUGAGAAAUCGAGAAAUGCGGGCAAGGUGGGCGCCAAGGCUGCCAUCAUUUACGACUCAAAUGGACCUUUACAAGGCACAUUGGGCACCCCGGAAGGCGAUGAGGUCCCGACUUUGGCGGUGGUGGAAAAGGAAGUUGCUCAUUAUAUUGAACAAUUGCAGAAAGUGCCAACUCACAAAUUUGAAACUACCUUGUAUGUUGACUCGUAUGUGAGAAACAUCUCCACGUUGAAUGUGAUUGCCGAGACUGCAUUUGGAGACCACGACAAUGUGGUUUCGUUGGGUGCACACUCGGAUUCAGUCGGCGCCGGUCCCGGCAUCAAUGACGAUGGCUCCGGAACCAUCUCCUUGUUGGAAGUUGCUAAACUAUUGACCAAGUUCAAAGUCAACAAUGCCGUUCGAUUUGGCUGGUGGGCAGCUGAAGAAGAAGGAUUGCUCGGUUCAGAAUAUUACGCCAAUAGUCUUUCCAAAGAAGAGAACGCCAAGAUUAGGUUGUUUAUGGACUAUGACAUGAUGGCUUCACCAAACUACGAAUACGAAGUCUACGAUGCCAAUAACAACGACCACCCCAAUGGUUCCGGCGAUUUGAAAGAUCUUUACGUGGACUGGUACAAGCAGCACGGGUUGAACUUUACCUUUGUUCCAUUUGACGGCAGAUCGGACUAUGUGGGGUUCAUCAACAACAAGAUCCCCGCCGGUGGUAUUGCCACGGGAGCUGAAGGUGUCAAGAACAAGUCGUCGAAGGAAAAAUUUGGCGGGGAGGAAAACAAAUGGUUUGAUCCUUGUUACCACCAAUUAUGUGAUGACUUGUCCAAUCCAAGUUAUGAAGCGUGGGAGGUUAACACCAAGUUGAUUGCCCAUUCGGUUGCCGUUUACGCCAAGUCCUUUGCGGGCUUCCCCGAGAGAGAAGGUAAGAACGAGACAGAGGCUAAAGUGCAACAGAGCGGUUUGGAUGAUUUGUUUAUGAGAAGAGGCGAUAGAUAUAUUAUGUAA